UCUCCCCCUCCCCAGGUAGGUGUGAGGAGCCCCACCUGGGCCGAAGUGUGCAGAGGAUGGGAACACUCCCCCGGCAAUGUCUCUGGGCCGCCUCCUUCGCCGGGCCUCCUCCAGAGCCUCAGACCUCCUGACCCUCUCCCCGAGUGGUGGCGGCCCGCCCCCCUCGGUCCUGGAUGGGGAGAUCAUCUACUCCAAGAACAAUGUCUGUGUGCACCCGCCCGAGGGGCUGCAGGGGCUGGGGGAGCACCACCCAGGCUACCUGUGCCUGUACCUGGAGAAGGAGGAGCUGCUGGGGGCAACCCUCAUCCUCGCGUGGGUCCCCAACUCUCGGAUCCAGAGGCGGGAUGAAGAGGCGCUCCGCUACAUCACCCCCGAGAGCUCCCCCGCGCGCAAGGUGCCCCGUCCGCGGGGCCGGCGCGCCCAGAGCUCGGGCGCCCCCCUCCAGGUCUCCCCCACCGAGCCGAGGCCCACGCUGAUCCCCAGAGAGGAGGGCAUCCUGGUGGUGGCCCAGAGCCUCCAGGACACCGUGCAUGUCAGCCCUUCGCCCGAGGAUGGGGAGAAGCUGGUGCAGGGCCUGGGGACCGACAGCCCCCUCCCGGCCUUGCAGCCGGCCCACAGCGACUCCGGGAUCUUGUCCACGGUCAGUUCUCAAGAUGGGACCGAGGAGGGGCGGGAGCCGCGGCCCGAGGCCGGCGAAGAGGAGGGCUCCCUGGAGCUUUCGGCCGAGGUGAGCAGGGACAGCUCCUUCGACUCGGACUCGGACGCCUUCUCCUCCCCCUCCUGCCUGUCGCCCGUCAGCGCCGCCCUGGCGGAGAGCAGCAGCUCCGUGUUCCUGGAGGGCGAGAGCGGGUCCCCCUCCAGCGUGGAUGCCCACCUGCAGUUCUCGGACAGCAACGGCCUCCUGCAGACCCCACGCUGGGACGAGCCACUGAGGGUGCGGGCCCUGGAGCAGAUCUGUGGCGUGUUCCGCGUGGACCUGGGACACAUGCGCUCCCUGCGGCUUUUCUUCAGCGACGAGGCCUGCACCAGCGGCCAGCUGGUCGUCGCCAGCCGGGAGAGUCAGUACAAGGUCUUCCACUUCCACCACGGCGGCCUGGACAAGCUGGCGGACGUGUUCCAGCGCUGGAAGUACUGCGCCGAGACCGGCCUGCAGGGCCAGCAGGUCGCCGACGAGAAGACCUGCAUGAAGUUCUCCAUCCGGCGUCCCAAACUGCCCUCCUCCGAGACGCACCCCGAGGAGAGCAUGUACCGCCGCCUGGACGUGUCCGCCUGGCUGCGGCACCUCAACGAGCUGGGCCAGGUGGAGGAAGAGUACAAGCUGCGCAAGGCCAUUUUCUUCGGCGGCAUCGACGUGUCCAUCCGAGGGGAGGUCUGGCCCUUCCUGCUGCGUUACUACAGCCACGAGUCCACGUCGGAGGAGAGGGAGGCGCUGCGGGCGCGGAAGCGGAAGGAAUACGAGGAGAUCCAGCAGAGAAGGCUCUCCAUGACCCCCGAGGAGCACAGGGCGUUCUGGCGCAACGUGCAGUUCACCGUGGACAAGGACGUGGUCCGGACGGAUCGCAGCAACCAGUUCUUCCGAGGCGAAGGCAACCCGAACGUGGAGACCAUGAGGAGGAUCCUGCUGAACUACGCGGUGUACAACCCGGCCAUCGGCUACUCCCAGGGCAUGUCGGACCUGGUGGCACCCAUCCUGGCCGAGGUCCUGGACGAAUCAGACACCUUCUGGUGCUUUGUGGGCCUGAUGCAGAACACGAUCUUUGUCAGUUCUCCCCGGGACGAGGUCAUGGAGAAGCAGCUGCUGUACCUGCGGGAGCUGCUGCGGCUGACGCACCUGCGCUUCUACCAGCACCUGGUCUCGCUGGGCGAGGACGGCCUGCAGAUGCUCUUCUGCCACCGCUGGCUGCUGCUGUGCUUCAAGCGCGAGUUCCCCGAGGCCGAGGCCCUGCGCAUCUGGGAGGCCUGCUGGGCCCACUACCAGACGGACUACUUCCACCUGUUCAUCUGCGUGGCCAUCGUGGCCAUCUACGGGGAUGACGUCAUUGAGCAGCAGCUGGCCACCGACCAGAUGCUCCUGCACUUUGGAAACUUGGCCAUGCAUAUGAACGGGGAGCUGGUGCUCAGGAAGGCCCGGAGUCUGCUGCACCAGUUCCGCCUCCGGCCCCGCAUCCCCUGCAGCCUGCACGACCUGUGCCAGCUGUGCGGGAGCGGCAUGUGGGACAGCGGGUACAUGCCCGCCGUGGAGUGCGCGGGCCACCGCCCGGGGUCGGAGAGCUGCCCCUACGGGGGCACAGCGGAGAUGCCCUCGCCCACGCCCCCCGGAGAACGCAAGAAGGGCCCAAAGACACCCCGGGAAGGCUUUGGUUUCCGCAGAUAGGUCGGCUCCCUGCGCGGGGCCAGGGUGGAGGGGACCUCGCGCUGGCCCCAGCACGUGGGAGGGGGUGGGCGUGGGCAUGGCCGGGACAGGGAAUGGCCAAUGCCUUUGGGCGACGUGAAGGGAACAUUUCACAUUAACUAGGAAAGCAGAGCCUGGAAGGGAGAGAAGAAAGUCCCGCCAGUCACCCAGAGAAGGGUCAGCUCCCGGACGGUGGGCCGGGAACACGCAGGCCCUGCCCCUGGAGACAGGCCGCCGGCGUCUGGGCGGCCUCCCUCCGAUGCACCCCAGCAAGGCCCCGAUUUCCUCCCGCUUGGGUCGCAAACGCAGGGCAUGGCCAGACGUCGGGGGGCGGAGAGAGGAAAAGCGGGUCUAGUCACGCCCCAACACCUGGGGAGGCAGGGCAGAAGGGGGGCCCAUCCAGGCCCAGAGGCAUCUCUGCGAGCGAGCGGGACACAGUCCUUAGCAGACCUCAUCUCAGCCAGCCGGCCGCUUCCCACAGCCGCUCCCGCCACAGCUGCAACGCGGACGAGAAGCCAUCUGCCCCCCAAAAAGAAAAAAAUCACCCCACUGAUUUCAGGAAA